GUUUUCCGCGCUCACAUUAAACCUGCAGCGGGCUGCUGCUGUCCUGCUGUCAUAGAGUCACACCGCUGUACUGACCUCAUCUAUGGACCCGUUUAGCACUAGUGUUAGCCAGCUAGCUGUGUUGGGUAUUUUAUACAAAUACUGCGCGGACCGUAAAAAAACAGCUAGUUAAAAUGUCCACGUUAGUUUUGUCUGUCAGCUGAAGUUGGCUGGAGUCUCUUGUUAGCUAACUAAGUGUAGCGGCUAGACGAGCGUUUGUUUUUAGCCGACUAGCAAUAGUAGAGUUUAACUAGCUAGUUAGUUAGCUUAGCUAACCUAGCUAACUAACUAAGAUAGCUAAGUUAGCUUAUAAACGCCAAAGGGAAUAUGGUGUAAUUUGAGAGUUUGGGUGUUAAACGUGGCUGUGUUCCGGAGGAGAUAAGUGCUGAUAUUGACUGUAAGGCAUGCCUGUCCACACAGUGAAAGAUGUGAACGACCUGGACACUAAGGUCCCUCCACAUCUGCAGCACGUCUCUAUAUCAAACCUCAAACUCACCUCUGACUGCCUGCACAGGAGUGUUAAGGGUAAAGUGGUUCAGAAGGGCCCUGUAGUAUCUUGCAGACAGAGAGAAUAUCUGCUGAAGGCUGUUAUCCAAGGGGAAGACCCCCAACAGAGAUCAGCUUCACAGCAUGCAUCAAUCAAUGUCAUUUUUUUUGGCACAUUGGCCAAGGACUUCUCACAGUCUGUCAGUCAAGGGGACAUUAUCUUAUUGGCCGGCUUCACCAUCAGUAAGUCACCAUCUGAGCAAACUGACAAGCUGCAUCCCUGUCACUUGGAGAUGAGUGGCCCUGAUGCCUGUGUGCAUGUGUGUCCCUCUGCUGGUUCCUCAUCCAGUGGAUCUACUACUUCUGAGCCCAAGUACACUUAUAUUCCUUUAAGUGAGCUGAAACCCAGGAGAAUAGUGAAUGUGUAUGGUGUGGUGACAUUUUUCAAGCAGCCCUUUCCCACCAAAGGCACAGAUUACUGUUCUACACUCAAGAUCACAGACCAGUCUAAUGCAAAAGUGGGCUGCACUAUAUUCAGUGAAAAGCUUGAAGACCAUCCUAAAAUCUUCAGGGUUGGAGACAUAAUUCGGCUCCACAGAGUGAAGGCACAAAUGUUUAAUGGCUCCAUGACUCUUCUGACCACCCUGGGCUGGUCUACAAUCACCUUUGAUGGAAUGAUUGACAGCCCGGUUGAGCCCCGCACAUCAAGCCGGACUUUCCACUUUGCUGAAGCUGACAAACAUACAGUGGAAGCACUCCGCCAGUGGGCAGCGAGCCAGUCACUGCUCACCAGUGAGUCUACUGUCCCCCUGUCCUCAGUGCAGCCCAAGAUGUACUUUGAUCUGACCUGCCAGCUGUUAUCAAAGGCCUGCAUGGACAGUAGAUGCAUACUGCUUAAGGUGUGGGAUGGGACAGAAUGUGGUCAUUCUCUGCUUAAUGUGGCUGCGGCACCAGAUGCCUUGGAGGGAGAGUCUACUUGUUUUCAGGAUCAACAGAACAUGACAGCCAAUAUUCUGGUCUAUGACAACCAUUUGGAAGUAGCCAGAAUGUUGCAGCCUGGCAUGUUCCUGAGACUAUACAACCUCCACGCAGUACCUCAGACACCUCCUGGCCAGCCCCCUGAUGUGCCCCAACACCUCGUUUUCCACCUGCAUGGCGGCACUUCAUACGGCAGGGGCCUGCGCAGCAUCCCAUCAGACAGUCCUGAUCUACAGUCCCUCAAGAGAGUGUUGGAGAGCCAUGCAGAAAAACAGGCUGCUGAAGCAGAGGUGAAUGAUGGCACUCUUCUAGAUGUGUGGUACACUCCUCCAGAGACAGUGGUGGAACAUACAACUAAAGACCCUGGUGAAGCAGAUACCGAAGACUUUUACACAGUUCAGACAUGUGACCACAGUCUGCAGCAGGUGUCACUUGCACAUGUGAAGACUUCCAUACCACCUGUGGUUUGUCACGUUCAAGCCAGAGUGAAGUCUUAUCAACCACAGAAACUGUACCAGUGUCUCAAACUCUUCUGUCCGCAGUGUAAAACAGUAAAAGAUGUCCCUGAUGAUGAGUCCAUAGCUCAGGUGUUCGAGGAGGCUCUGAGAAGCAGUAACCAGCCCUGCAGUGAGCACUGGGCGGUCACCUCCUCAGCAGACUCCCACCAGCUGGACCGAACCGUCACCAUGCACAUGUCCUGUGACAUGGUGCUGGACAACACUCACUUACAGAUGAUCUUUCUUCAGGGUGUGACCCUGGAUGAGAUGUGCAUAAUAUCUGGUUCUCAUAAGAACCUGGUCCCUGUGUGUUCAGGAGAGGACAGGAGAAUGAGACUUCUGGAUCUCUCUGCCCCAUUCCUCUUCUGUGGAGACAAGAGAUAUUAUGGGUGUGAACAUUGCUCUCAGUCCUCGUUUGUGGAUCCUGUUGUUUCUGGUGUAGACGUAUGGGACGAGCAGAAUGUAGCUAAAGCUCUUGGCGUGCAGCUUAUGCAGUAUAUGCUUCUGCUGCAGUUCGAGCUUGAGGAUGAGACUGGCACACUGGAUGCUUUGCUUUGGGAGGAUGCUGAGAGAUUCUUUAAUGUCUCUUCAGCUGAAACAUCAGCCAAUCAGGAAUUGCAAGACAGGGUUCAGAACAUCAUGGACAGGAUUCAUCCAUCAGGGAGUAGCAUGGCUGAACGGCCAUGGCUGGCUCUCUGCCUCAGUGUCUACACUGUAGAAGAGAAUGGCCGGACUCAAGUGUGCUACCAGAUCACUAACACAGAAACCAGGGGAAAUCUCUAGGCUCCUCAUUCAAGCCAUAGAACCUUUCCUUUAAGUGAAGGAUGCCCGUAUAAUAGCUUAAGCUAAAAAGACUGCCAUAUGAAGGUCAACCAAGGUCAGCCAAAAAUGUUCAAAGCUUCUGCUGAUGUGAAAUAGUUUGUCCUGUCAAGGCCUGUGUAUGUGUGCAAACAUUUGCACAAACAUACCAAUUGUGUCUUUUUCAGCUAAUUCCAGUGUACAGUUUUUAUUUAUUUGCUGAAAUUAUAAAGAACAAGACAUAAAAUUAUAUAUAACUGUGCAUACCUGCCGUAGUUAACCUCUAGAUUUGUCUAAGCAGGCAAGUAAGCUGUAAUUUUGCAUGAAAAUUUUCUGAAUUGUGUAUAAAUUGGUGCUUUUUAUUAGUGUUAACUACCUUCUGCUCCAUCAUAUCAGGUAAUAUAACUAUUCACUUAAUAACCUUAAAUCAGUCGUUUGGGGGUAGAGAAUGUAAGAAACUGUAUAGGGCAGUGGGGUCCCAGAACUAAUGCAUGUCAGAACUCAAAAACCCUCCAUUAGAGAUUUAUGGUUAGCUUGGUUGUUUAUGGAGGAAUCUGCUAAUAUACACCAGCCAGCCCCUUUAAUAAACCUCUCACAUCACAGGACCACCACACAACAGAUGAUGUUUGGACGUUGGCUCAUUCUUAGCACUGCAUUGACCCUGACAUGGUGGUGGUGGGUUUAGUAGUGUGUGUUGUGCUGGCAUGACUUAAUUAGACACAGCAGUGAUGUUUCCACUCACUGUCCACUCUAUUAGACUUUUCUACCUUGUAGAUAAUGUAAAGUCAGGGUCAGCAGCUCUGAAUCUGUUGCUUUAGUCCUUCAUCAGUGAAGAUGUUGGGCACAUAUUCCAGGUUGGUGGUCUAUUCUUAAUCCAGCAGGGACACAGGUGUUUAAAAACUCCAGCAGCACUGCUGUGCUGAGAAUGAACCACCACUAAAUAAUACCCGUCCUGUAGUUUCCUGAUAAGAUAAAAGGAGGCGAUAAAGUGUGCUGAGAAACAGAUAAUAGUCUGUAAUUAUACAGCUACAGAAUGCCCUAUUGGUCUUAAUGAAGUGGCUGCUUGGUGUACCAAUCUCAUGCUCAUCAUUCAUCUAAUAAACAUGGAAUCCUAGAUCUGAUUAAAAGAAUCAAAUGUGAAAAAACUUAAAAAUUAAUUACAGGAUUCAGAAUUUGAACAGUGGGGUCUCUCACUGGACAUUAUUUACCCACAUCUUCCUGAUACUUUUUAUAGCUCUUCUUUCAUAAUGUUUGAGCUCGCUGUCUUCAUAUAUUCAUAUAAAAACAUUAGUACACAUUGAAAUCUUCAUGGAAGCUAUGUUCUCAAGUGUUCUCAGUAUUAUGGCAGCUACGUAAAGACAAAUCUAAUAUAAAGCUUAGACCUGUAGACAAUGGUAAAAUGACUAUAUAAGCUAUAUAGAAAAAUGUAUAAAUAUGAAGUGUUUCCUAAUUUGUCUUUUUUCACUGAAUCGGUUUAUAAAUCUUGAAACUUGAAAUGUGUUAUAUUUGUGUUCUGUGUCUAAGCUGUCAUUGAGUUUUAUUUCUCUUUUGAAUACAUGAUAUCUAUUUUUGAAUGUCUUUGGCUGCCGUUUGAGUGUGAACCAUCUUGGUUUUAGUCCAGUAGAAGAAAAUGAAAAUUACAGAAAGUGUGCCUUUGCCUCUAAUUGAGCAACAUGCAUCUCUUUUUGGCAGAAUUGUCCAUUAUUAUAAUUGUUCAUACCUCAUUGUAAUUGUUCAUUUUCACAGCAGAUGAUAUGUAAUAAGUAACAGUGUCUUGUAUAGAUUUAAGCUUAUUUGCAACUUUUUAAGCAUUCAGGCUUCCAGUUUUAACUCUGUGAUAUAAAAUGCUCUUUUUCAACUUACGAAGUCCACUGAGUAUUAUCUGAAGUGUUUGUUUCCAAUUACUGAUCUUCACGGUCUUACUUCUUUUGUACUGAUGUACAAAGUAGUUGGUUUUAGCCUGGCUGCUGAUUUGGUCUGCUUUACUUUCAUAUCUUUUAAUGGGUAGACACCACCAGCAGACCAUAAAAGUAAAGUCUACUGCUAAGACACUUUCUUCAAAAAAAAAAAAAGCUGUCUGUCAGCUGGAAAGCUGAAAUAGCCUCAAAAAUUUCUCAGACAUUGCUGGUAGCCUAAAAAUAGGAGUAGUAAGCAUUGUGUAGAAAAUCGGCUGCAAUUUCUAAAUGAUUCAUCUGAAAAGGGUGAAAAUGUUUUAAAAUUGCAGGUGACUGCUUUUUGUUCCUCUGUGCACAUAACUGUCGUUUCAAAUCCCCGAUGACGCAGUCCUCAGAGACCCGAAGCCUUUCACAUGUUUUGCUCUUUCUCUCUCUCAGCUUUAAACUUCUGAACAAAGCAAUCUGCCUGAGGGGUCCUGCUGUCUUUCUGUCUGUCUUUCCUUCUUGAAAGGUCUUCUCCUUUUUGCUGUCUCGCUGUUUCAUACUACUGUAUCCUCCGGCUUUUUACUCAUGUGCAAAAACGGAUUUUGUGAUAAAAGGAACAACAGAAAUGCUUCAGAAUGUCUAUCACAAUAAAAGUUAAGAGUUUAUUCCUUCUCCUGUAAAGUUGCUAUGUUGGUGGUAUGGGUUUUUUAUGUGACAGUGACACAUUAUUUUCAACUGAUGUUAUGUAAAGUGUUUUGGAAGCUUUGUUGUAGAAUGCAGGUUACAAGUGAAAUGUGUAUUUCUACAUUCUUUUUUUUAUGUUACCGUUUGUUCCAAUUGAAAAGUCCCAGUAUAUUUAGAGAUUAAUAAAUAUUGAAUUCA